UUUCUAGCAGAAAGAACUUGGAGAACUCAAAACAUUCGCUCAAGGAUUCUAUUUUUGGGGAAUCAUGGCUCUCCAAGUGCAAAAUUUUGCACGUAUUAUACCAUUAUCAGUUCCAUUUUGUAGGUCGUUUCAUCAAUGUCAACCAUUGAAUCAAAUUCAAUUGCUCACAAGACUUCGUGUUGUGGAUAAUAGCCCGAUUGGCAAGGAGGCCAUGCUUGAGGGUCGACCUCCGAAGUGUAUUCACGUUUACAACAAGACCGGCGUCGGAACUAUUGGAGACAAAGUUUUAGUGGCUAUCAAGGGUCAAAAGAAAAAGGCUGUUAUUAUCGGUUGUAAACAAAAGCAAAAACCAUUAAUUCCAAAGUUUGAUAGCAACAAUAUUGUUUUGAUAGAAGACAAUGGCUCACCAAUUGGAACAAGAAUUCAUGUGCCAAUGCCAUCCAUCCUACGAAAAAUUCUUAAAGAUAGGAGUGUAGCUAAAAAGAUUGAUUUCACCAAACUUUUGUCAAUAGCUACCAAAUUUGUGUAAUACCACAUCUCAUUCAUAGCAAUAAAAUAUUACAAAUAGAACAAAACC